CAUAACCUCCAAAAUUGUAACCUACCACCUGUUUAUUGUUAUUGUUGUAUUUUUAACUACCGGAACAGAAUAGUUGUUAUUAAGAAUGAGUGUAGAGACAAAUAAUAAUCCUCCUAACAAGAGAGUGAAAAAGAAACGUAAGAAUUUUCUGGCUAAUGCGAAGAAAUACGCGAAAAAGGGCCAAAUGGGGCGCGGAACUAGAAUGUCUGAGGAACUUUAUCAGUACUUUGUCGGUAUAUUGGAAGCUAUGAAGCAAGGAAUUGAAGAUGAUGUGGAAAGAGCAUCACUAGUUAACAAUGUGCUUGAACGUACCAAAGGUGAAGAAUUGAAUAUCGUCGGCAAUCAGCUUGGUUGCAGAGUUAUUGAGAUCCUCCUGCCAUACGCCUCUGCUGAAGACCUGGAACGAUUCAUUGAAAUACUAUCACCGGAACUUCGUAAACUCUGUUCUGAUAACUUCUCAAGUCACGUCAUAGAGACUAUGCUUCGUGUAUCAUGCAGCAGAGCAACUGAACAUUUACAAAACAACAGUGAGGAAGAACCGAAGAAGAAAAAGAAGAAAGAAACUGGUUACAGCGAAGACCAUAUAGAAAAUUGUUACGAAUUCACAUUAAAAAUAUGUAAAUAUGCACUUAAUAAUCUCGAAGACUUUGUUUGGGAUGCAUAUGCCAAUCAUAUAUUGAGGAGUGCAUUGAAAUGUCUAAGUGGAAUUACUCUAUUACCAGGCGAGAAGCCUAAAGUUAACCUUUUUAAAGAUGCUGUCCAAACAGAUAAGGGUAUACCACCCCAUCAAACUGAAAUGCAGUAUAAGAAUGUAACCGAUGAAUUUAAGGAUUUAGUAAAAGAGUUUGCCCACAGAUUGUCUUCAUGGCCACAGUUUAAAGAUCUACCUUAUGAAAACCUAACAUCAGCAUUAUUACAAGUGUUGCUAUAUGCAAUUAAGAAUGUAGAUAAGAGUGUUACUAAAGAGUUGAUAAAGAAGUUGUUGAAUGAGAGCUUUGCUCCCGAGGACUGGGCGCCAACUGGUGAUGGUGAGGAGAAAAUUGGUGAUGAUAAGGAGAGAAUUGGUAGUGAUGAGCAGAAAAUUGAUGAUGAUAAGGAUGAAGCGAGAACAGAUGCUAUUGUAGCUGUUAGCUUACCACCAGUAUUUAACAACCAAUCAGCGGUAAGAUUGCUGGAGGCAGCGUUAUUCGUUGCUAAAAAGAAGAUGUACACACAAAUAUAUGCACGCUGCUUUAUCAACCGGCUCGGUCAGCUCUCCACUGUGUCUAUGCUUAAUUUCACCGUUCAACGGCUCAUAGAUAAUUGUCAGAUAAAGGAAGAGUUCGAGCCAAUGUUUGAGGAGUUGUCCAGCAAGUUCAGCGCGAUACUGGCGAGUGGCAACACUGGUGUACUGGUCGCGCUCGCUAAAGCCUGCCUGAGGAUUAAAGCCAAACAAAUGCAGUUCAUAAACAGUCUGGAGUCAGCACUGGUUGCUGAUGAGGCACAGCAGAAGUACUUAGCAGUGUUAUGUCUGAGGUUACUGCCGGGUGCUCGCGUAGACCUGGACAAACUGGAUCAGCAGUACUUCAUAAACGUGCACGGAUCUGUCAUACUGCAGUGUAUACUCGAGUACCAGCGACCGGCAAAACUGGUGACGAGUCUGCUGGAGCUGACUCCUGAGCAGUUGCUGGUCAUCUUCACGGACGCCAAGGGUUGUCAUGUGGCCGAUGCCUUCUGCAAGAGCCAGUGUGUCGGAGUCAAGUCUAGAGACAAGCUCGUGUGGAAACUGAAGGGAUUCUACCAAAAGCUAGCGCUCUCCCAGUACGGCUCUCGAGCAUUCGAGGAAGUCUUCAACUCAGCAACCAACGAGCAGAAAAUCAAGAUCAUGCUCGAGAUAUCCGACAAGAGCAGUCUACUGAACGGCUCGCAGUACGGACGACUGCUGGCGACCAAACUUGGCCUCGACACGUUCAAACAGGCGCAGAAGAAAUGGGAACAAACGCAUUUGAAAUCUGACAAUAAAUGAU